UGUUGAUAAAAUUUACUACUUCAAUAAGUCAAGUAUUGUUUGUAAUUAAAGUACAAUAACUAGACACAUAGGCAAUAACAGUGCAUGUCCUUAUUCAUUUUGAUUGCUGUUUUAUGCCUGCAGUCAUGUUCUAGUUUUGUGGAAUAAAUUUGCAAUAUUUUUUAUUGUUUAUUUUCAGCUAUGAUUGACAGUUUGGGCGGCCCAGUCCGUGUCAACAAUUUAUUAUCCACUCUAAAUGUCAAGCCUAUAUGUAACAGGAAUCUGAAGAAAAUGGAGGAACGUGCAGGCGAGGCCAUAGAGGCACAUUCUGUGCAUUCUACAAACCAAGCUGCUCUCCAAGCAUUUGAGAAAGAAAUUGAAGACAUUGCACAUCAAGAAUCAUAUGAGGCCCGGAAAUCAAUGGAAGGGAUGUUAUUGGAUGAUCUUGGGGUUUGUCCACUACCAGAUGAAUCACCAAACCUUCGUCGACUGUUACAAGAUACAUCAGUUGUUGAGGGGGAUUCAGAUUGGACUGAUGUUGAGUCUGAUACUGAAGAAGGAAAUGAUGGUCCAGCUGACAACAUUCAGAGCUAUAGACCUGUUACAGACGAUCCCUUCAGAACUCCAGAAACAAAUGGCAUACCACAGUCUGUCAGAAAAAAGACAAAGAAACACCAUAUCCAAGAUACAGGCUCUUCAAGCAGAAGAUGUUUGGUUAAGAAAUUCCCUUGUAAGACCAGAAAGGGGAUGACUUGUGCUGUCGAUACUGCUUGGCAAAAAAAAGGCUUUGAUAGUUUAACCUUAAGUAUUGCAACAUUGUAAUAUUAAGAAAUUGUU